AUGCAAACAUUUCUGUUUUUAUUGCACUGCGAAAAGAUGUACCGUUAGUAUUAAUACACGAUAUCUUGACAUUCGUGUCUUGAAAAAGAUUCCAUUAUUGUUGCCUUGAAGGAAAAAGGAGCGACAUGCAUAUCGUUAUCAUACCUUAAGCCUCAUCGCGUCAAGCGUUCCCAUUAAUCUGGAUGUCACUGACCGUAUAGGAUAUCAAUGUAUCUAUGCUAGCAUAUCAAACUUAGAAUAUAAAAAAAUAACACAGAGAAAGGAUUACCCUUCUACUGAUGCCCCCAUAAGCCACUACCUGUCGCUAGUUAGCAUUGCUUUAUUCCGUUUUUAUUUUUAUCCUCCAACAUGGCAUUCCAGGUGAACCUAUGUUUACUACAGUUCUGGAUAUUCUGAUACAAUGUUUCUUCUUCCUAUUCUACAUGGGAAUUGAUUUGAGGGCGAUCGAAAUCAAACACCGUACAAAAUCAACGCAAAAAACAAGUUUUUUUUAUAACCUUUCUAUUCGAUCACUGGAUGCGAUCUCCACUAGAACCAGUUCUUUCGCGAGCCGAAAUAGGCAUCAUCAUAGAGGACAUUUGCAUAUUUUAGAAGAAAUGGGCCAAUUUCGGUCUUGGUGUCUCUUCUCAGCUGGGUCGUUCGUAUAGCGGUACGCUAAUGAACACACCGGAUGCCUAAUUCUUGGGUCACACCGUGGGACAUUGGAAGAAAUAAAUGGAUGGGUUUGGAUAUCGCGGAUAGCUCCCGCUUUAGAUUCUUCGGGAUUCGGCAACGAAUUUGGCAAAGGAAAUUGGCUAGCGUGCGCUUUCUUAAACCUGUCCUUCCUCCCUGGAUACGAAUGUCGCAAUAAAUUAUCAGCUGUGGUUUGCUGUUCAGUGUAUGGUGAACCAGCGAGAUCUAUGUGGUAGUAAGUGUCGGCGUGUGGAGAAGAUGUUUCGCAAGUAACGGUACCAGCUGAUCUCCGAAAGGGACAUUGAACCGUCAAGAUUUGCUAUAAAUUGAACUGGCCGCCGCACCGACGGUAUCAGUAUCGACUGAAGUCUUGUUUCGUAGAGACGCAGAGCAGCAUGAGAAACUUCUUCCUAGUUCUAACGCUGGCGCUGGCGCUAGCUAGUGCCACUAAAACCGAGGACAAGGAAGACAAGAUCCCGGAGGAGGUCAUCGAGGAGAUUAAGGCCAGCGACGACAAGCCGGCCGAUGAUGAUGAUGAUCUGCGCGGCUACAGCUACUACAAUGUAGUGCACGGACAGCAUGGUCCCGACUCUGGGGAACAAGGAUAUCGUCCAUCGAACUAUGCUCCAUCGAAGAUCGGCUACGGAGGUGGUGGUUACGGAGGCGACGGAGGUUACGGAGGCGACGGAGGUUACGGAGGCGAUGGAGGUUACGGAGGCGAUGGAGGCGGUUACGGAAGCGAGGGCGGUUAUGGUGGUGGCUAUGGAGGCUCAUACCCCACUCGUCCGCCACACCGUCCAACGUCGGAAUACGACUUCCCGAAGCCGAAGCCUCCGCCGAAGUGCAACUGCAAGGAUAUUAUCGAUCAGAUCGAUGACCUUGACGAGAAGAUCAUCAAAUCGCUGCUUGAUCUGGAGAUUAAGGCCGACAGCAUCCAGUCAGAUGUUGCCACCAUCCACAAGGAAACGGAGAAGGUAGCGUUCGUGUCGUCUCAGACGCAGCUGAUCGCUAACGCAGUCGACAAUCAGCUGAACAUCGUGCGCCAGAACCUGACCAUCAUCCAAUCUGAUGUCGAUGAAUUGACGCAGUUCCAGCAAAACAUUCCUGACCGAACCUACCUGACCGAGGCACUUUUCGGCCUGAAGUGCAGUUACUCGCGUAAAGACAAGCGAGGCGAUGACCGAAUCUACGCUUCUUGCGAAGAUCCGAACAUCAAGAAAACUGGCAGCUACUGGAUUAAGGCCAACUUCUACAAACCAGUGAAGGUGAUCUGCAUGUUGGACUACGGUGGCCGUUGGAUGGUGAUCCAGAAUCGUUUCGAUGGCAGCGUUGACUUCUACCGUCCGUGGAGGGAGUACAAGUACGGUUUCGGAAACAACGAGGGAGGCGAGUACUGGCUUGGAUUGGACCGUAUCCAUCAGUUCACCAAGGGUGGCGCAGCCCAGCUCCUGAUCGUGCUGGAGGACUUCGAGAAGAACAUUACCUACGCCAGGUACGAUCAGUUCUCCAUUUCGGACGAGAACGAUCAGUACAAGAUCCAGAAGCUGAAGGGCUUCAUUGGCAGUGCGGGAGAUUCGUUUGAAGCUGAGGGUAUGCGAUUCUCGGCCUACGACUACGACAACGACAAGUUCGAUCAGAACUGUGCCGCCAUUACACACGGUGCCUGGUGGUACAAAUCGUGCGGUGACAGCAAUCUCAACGGUCUGUACUUGAACGGACCCACGCUAGAGAAGACCGGUAUCUACUGGAAAUCGUUCCGCGGAUACAAUUACAGCCUGAAGAAGACACGAAUGAUGCUCCGACAGAGGGAAGGUCCCGGUUACUGAACGUCGCAAACUUGACUCGUUUUAGCUAUAAUCCAACCACAAUAACAAGCAAACACAAAUCGUUCAAAAUAAAGUUUGACACGUUUUUGGACAAAUACGAUAUGGGUUUUUUUAUGCUACGCGUCAUAACCGAAAAGGAACUGGUUUUGGGAUAUAGCUUAAAGGGAUAAAAUGAAUGGGGGCAAAAGGAAACUUACAUUCUCAGAUGGCUACCAACGAUAUGUCACAAACAUCAGCUUCAAUCAGUCACAUGUCAUCUUGCGGGGGAUUCUGGAAAUUGUUGAGGAUUUCUUUUUUGGCCAAUGUGCGUGC